UUGUGUGGAUGUGUAAACCAGCCAGCGGUCGUCCAACAUUUGUAAAAAUGAAUAUUAUGUGGAUGCGUAAACCGUAUCAAAGAAUUUCGAAUGUAAAUGAUUAUGGCCAAUGCAACUAAGAUUCUCAAAGAUCGACUGUAUUUAUCACAGUUUUACGACAAAUUUGCCAUUGAUGUCGUAAGGGAUAGCACGAUUUACAGAGGGUACGUGGUAGAUGUGGCAGAUGAUGGGCUGAUUAUCGACUAUCACCAUUCUGGUCCAUGCGUCGAGUGCGUACGUUUCUCGUGCGCCCGAGUGUUGCCGAUAAAGCUAACUUCGGCCAGUCGUUAUUGCCAACUACCACGUGAAAACGAGGAAGUGCUGACAAGGAAUUCUAUAAAUCACCCUCUGACGUGGACGCCAGCUACAUGCUUAGCCCUGGUACCUGAAUACGGCGAUAAACCACCACUUCCUGCCGAAGAAGUAUGCGCAAUAGUGCGCAUAACAGCAUCUGUACCACCGCAGCUGCUGGCGGCAAAAAACGAACACUAUUCUUAUCGCGCGUCACAAGCCCGCGUUCGCCAGGCGCGAUGCUGGAUGCCGGUGACCCAUAAGACUUUCGAGAAAUUCACCGUGCGAUUCACCGCGUGUAGCCAGCCAACCUGCCCCUUUCCGGUGACACCGCUGUCUUACAUGCUGAGCAGCCUGGACGUCGGACUUAAGCUAUUCUGGCUGCAAUAUACCGGCACGCUGAUUAUAUCGGCCAAUGAUGAUGGUAUCACCGUUCUGCGUCGCCAAAAAUUUAAAAGGGUUUCAAAAAGAUUCCAUCGAUUGGUAUUUCAUUUGUACGAGCGCUUCUUGGCUUCCUUUUUCCGCAAAGAUUUAGCGCUUUACAGAAGGAUAUCAUUCACACAAAAAGAUGCAAAUGGGAGUUGGUUUAUGACUACUUGGCGGAAGAUGCAACUCUUUCCGAAAUGGUUGGAAACUCAUCGUCUGGAAGCUCUCGAUCUUCCCGAGAGCUGCUUUACGUUCUCUGACUGCCCUGAUGACGUCCUUGUGCAGAUUGUGUCGAAUUUAGAUGUCAUUACCCAGAAGAGUCUACGACGAAUAUGUCGGACAUGGAACCGUGUGUUGUCCUGCGCAUCCAUCAGCCGUGAAGUGAUUGUCAGUGCUCCCUUAGGCUACCUUGCUGGAUAUAAUCAGGCGCUGUAUUUGGCCGAUACGCUUUUCAGCUACACCACGACAAGAACGCGAGCUGUACUGCUGGACCAGUUCAGCCACAGUCACAGCGGUACGAUCCUUCCUGUUCUCCACGUCAUCGGCUGUCCGGUUGGCUAUUAUCUGUCUUACCGCCACCGCAGCAUCUGUCUGUGGCAUGAACUUGAUCUCUAUCCAGACGCUGACAACAUGCACAUAUACUGCACCAUGGUAAUGGAAGACGACACGCGGAAAACACUAGAGAUUCUGCUAGGCACGAAGAAGACAUGCCAGAAAACCAUAGCCUCAUCGGACAAAGACUGGACGUACUGCUGCACGACCGGUACAAUGAAGCAGGCCAUUCACGGAAUUCCGCUAACGCUAAAUGUGUUAAACAAUUUGUGCUAUCUACACGAGCAAAAGAAGGAACGAUCCUUAGAAAUAUGCAGUUACCAAACCGAGUGCGACGAAACACUACAGAGACUGGAAGAAGCACGCAGCAUUUGGCCUAUUGCCGCAGCAGCCACCGAAGUUCUGAGGAAAGCUUUCAAAGGCUACCGCUAUACAAUGCCUGAUCGUAAGCUUCCGGUUCUGCAAGUUCCUCGGACGAGAGAUUUGGAUGACUACGAAUCUGGCUCCAUGUUCUGUCCGGAAAUCCUAAAAGUGCUCAUCCGCGAACGAAGGAGCCAACACACCGGGUGCCACUCAUCGGUCCCAGUGGCAAGCUGGCUGCGCUUUUGGUGAAUACAUUUUCGCUUUAAUUUGCCGGCACCGCUUGGGAGAAGUUAAAACAUUUGCGGGCUUGGGAGAAAUGAUUCUGCUACAGUCGAUAACCGGAACGGAUAUUCUAGUGGGCUUGGCGUUAUUGAGAGCCUGCCCGUUUUUACGAAUCGAGGGAAGCACUGAUGUCCAAUACAAACGCUCGGUUUAAU